AUGGAAAUGGACAGAGUGAGAUUACCCGACUUAGAGACAGUAACAGAAAUACCACCAUCCUCGUCCAGCGGCGAUGACGACGGUGUUCCCAUUGUAGCUGUGGCAAUGGCUGAAGGCCUCAAUUCAGUGGGUAUCACAACAGUUAGUGAUACAAGUGCAAUUGUAUCAGUGCGGUCUUUACCAGCCGAAAGUGACGCGGGGGCUACAUCGGCUGUUACUGAGGAAACCACUGAUAACAAUCGCGGGAGGCGUGAUAAUGACACUGUCAACGUUCCAGAAGACAAUGGUGCAGAGCCUAUGCUAUCAAAUUACACAGCGGAAGGUGAACGUGCAACAAGCAGCGAUGUUGUGAUUUCAGCAUCAUCAGACUUAGAAAGUAUUGAGCCAGAGGAAGCAAUGGCAUUCAACCUGCAGGCUCUAGAUGAGAGUGUCAAACUGGUCAUAAGGGUUCUCUACGACAGAUUUGACAGGCUAUUGCUGUUAGCACUCUCCUGCUUCCUCAUGGGACUGUCCACUGGAUUCGUGCCCUACUGUGAGAGCUUCCCCUUGAUGCUGAUCAUGCGUUUCUUGGCAGGACUUGGAUGCGGGGGUCUGGAUACAGGUGGCAACGCAGAUAUAGUUGCAAUAUGGGGUGCUGAAGGGAGACCUUUCAUUCAGGCAUGGCAUGCCUGUUUCGGAUUUGGAGGAAUUAUCGCCCCUCUGGUAACAGAACCGUUCCUCUCCAAGAAAUUUGAAGUAAUUUCCAAGCUCAACGUAACUGGGGCCAAUACAACUGAGACUUCAACAGUAUACGGUAAAACAAGCAUCCACUAUUCCUAUCUCAUCUCCAUGUUCGUCAUUUGUUCGGGAGGAAUACCAUUCUUGAUGAUCUUUGUUCGCAACAAGUGUUCGAAGAAGACUAGAGACAUGGUCGCUCCUAGACUCAACCAGAAACGACCUGACAAGCUAUCUUUGUGGCUAAAAGCCUUUUUGUGUAUCUUACUUUCACUUUUGAGUCUAGUGUAUUGCGCUGUGGAAGACACGUUCUCGGGUUUCCUAGCAACGUUUUGCGUAGAUUAUCUCAAAUGGGAUAAAGGUAUAAGUAGUUUUGCGACGAGCUUACACUGGGUGGGAUUCUCCAUCGGACGAUUUAUGGGGAUUUUCUUAGUUGUGUUCUUUCGGCCUGUGCAACUUAUGUGCUCCUAUCUGAUAUUCCUGAUACUGGCGUUCAUAGCUUUCACGGUAUGUAGUGUCACAUUAACAGAAAUCGGCGUUUGGAUCUUCAUUCCCUUUGCUGGUUUUUCGAUGUCCGUGAUUUUCCCGUGCAUUUUCAUGUGGACCGAAGAAAGCAUUUUGAAAGUGACUGGAAAAAUAUCCUCUAUGCUUUUGGUAGCUGCGUCGUCUGGACUGCUUAUCAAUCCUUUAAUAGUUGGUUACUUGAUGCAAAAUAUCAGCCCGGUGGCUUUUGUUUUCGUUUUAUUGACGGAAUGCUUCCUUUGCUUUGGAACAUUUUUGCUCAUUUUCUUGCUGGUGAAAAAGUUUAUUAAAAACCCUCCGAGUAGCGCUGACACAGAAAUUGUGGUUUCCCCUUCAACGGAAAUGCAACCAUUUACUGCUAAUUCUGAUUAACAAUUUAUCCUUCUAGCUAUAAAUACUAUAACUAUGAUCAAUAACUUUGAAACCAAUAUUAUUGGUCUGCAACUAGUUUUCGUUGAUGCACUCAACACGAUAUCAAAUGUUCAACAAACUAUUUCGUCGGACCAAAUUUCAUGCCAAGACAUGAAUAUAAUCCACAGUAUAAUCCUAUUGUUUU